UUUAACCAACAGUAUUAACAUAUCAAUCCUUGGUAAGUAGUAUAAUAUUUAAUUUAAACUUUUUUAUUUUUAACUAUUAAUCUUAUGUUUUUAAAAGGCGAUGCAACAUCUGACCGAUUGACAAAACUCGAAGAAAUAGUUCGUAGUUUAACAUUAGAAGUGGAUCAAUUAAAUAGAGUUUCUUGUUAUCCUGGAAAAAAAGACAUAAAAAAAUCUAAAGGAAAAAAAGGUCAUAAAAUAUUUGAUUUAAAUACGCAAAGAGUGAUGAAACUUGAAGAUGAUUUUCAGUUUUUAAAAUUGGAAUUAAUCGAGCUGAAGAAAUCUUUUAAUAAUUUUAUACAAAAGAAUGAAACAAAAGUAGUUAUUCCACCACCGCCGCCGCCGCCACCACCACCUUUUUCAUUCAUACCUCGGCCACCACCAAUGCCUUCUUCAUUAAAUUUUAUGCAUAAAGGGGAUGGUGAUGAUGUAAGGUUACAAAAAGAUGCUCAGAUCAAAAGUAAAAAAAUAUUAAAGCCAGGAAAUAUGCAAAAUGACAAUUUAAUAAAAGAAUUAAAAAACGGUGUAGUAUUAAAAAAAGUUAAACGUAUAGAAAUAACUAAGCCUCCAGAGGAUGAGAGUGAACUUUCUAAAAUAUUUUCUUUAAGACGGAUUAAGGAUACCGGCCAGUUAUAAUUAAUCCCUCGCUUUGCGCAAAGAACUUCACAGUAACAGAUCGGGCCAAGAAUAUCGGACAUAGAUGGCCCGGCUCCUGUUUCUUGUGUAUUACA